AUGCUUCAGGUUGAAAAACAAAGAACAAAAGUAGCAGAUACAAAACCGUUAGACUAUAUCUUUACAAAUGCUGGUAGGACUAUUUCAGAUGAAGAAAUUUCAUCCCGAGCAUACAGGUUUGACUAUCCAAUUCGUUGGCUUCAAAGUCCUUCAGAUGCAAAGGCAAUAGGAUUUAGAAGAGUUUUGUUUUCAAAUAGAACUAACGCGUUUAUGUUCGCAGUAUAUUUUCAUGGGCAGUAUAAAGGUCAUGAUGGUCUAAUAGACAAAUUUGACGAAAUGAGAAUCUUUACAGUUCGUUCAGACGAAAGUCUUGAGAAAACUCUAAAUGACUUUCAAACUCAAAUGAACAAAUAUUAUUGGGAAUUUCAAGAAAAAUACAACUCUUUACUAAAUGGAACAUACUAUCUGAAACUAGAAUAUGACAAGAUGAACUCCACCGUUUCAUUUCAAAAGAUUGAAAUUAACCCUCCAAGAGAUACAGAGUUUUUAUUUUGGAAAGUAGACAAACGUUCUUGGGCACAAUUUCUUCGGUUACUAAACCAGAACGAACCAUUACCACCAGAUGGUCCAUUUCAAUUUAUACUUCCACCAGCAGAUUUGACAGUUUAUAGAAACGUGUUUGACCCUCAAAAUGUUAUGUGUCAUGCAAGUUUCAGUUCAAGCAACAAUAGUUUUCUAUGUAUUGGUAAGGACUUUUAUGA